AUGAUGUUGCUGUCGAGCUGCGCUCACGAGCCAGCGUCGAAACCCAUGCUGUUGGGCAGGGCGCACGCGCUUCAGCAGGCCGAGGCGCCCAAGCCACUGCAGCAGCUGCAAGAUUUUCUGCAGCUGGAGCCGCUGCAGACCUUGGACGAGUUUUUGCAGUGCGACAACGAGGAGCUGCCGAGCGUCGACGACUUCUUGGAUGUGUGCAAUCUUCCAGAAGUCCAAAGCAACGAGGACGAACCUUCCGCUAUCCACACAUCCGGCGUGAAGGCCACUCAGGAGCCAGUCUCCACGACCGAGCGAGUUGCAGGGCGCAGGUCUGAAAGCUGCGUGGCCAGCUCGGGCCAUGAGGUACAUCUGUGCCUGUACGACACGUCAGACGGUGCGGCCAGACGCUGGUCCUGGCUGCUCUUGGGGGAGCACUUUGAGGCAAUAUGGCACAGUGCUAUUGCCGUCACAUGGGCCCCAAGAAGUAGCUUGCCAGGAAAUGGUUCCGAGUACUAUCUCUCCGGAGAUGGAGUGCAAUGCUCCUUCAUAGGGUUGAGCGGCUACGGAAAACCGAUUAAGACGAGGUUUCUCGGCCACACGCAGAAGUCUCGCAGCGAAACGAAGGUUUUUCUGGACAGGAUGUCAGCAGAGAUGGGGCCUUACGACCUACAGUACAAUAACUGCAACCACUUCAGCCAAAAGCUCGCCAACUUCCUUGUGCAGCAGUCCAUUCCGCGUGAAGUUCUGCAACAGCCGGAAGCAGUCGCGAAGACCAUCAGGGGCCGCAUCGUGAUGCAAUACUUGCGUCAGGUGUCGAGGAGAAGCAAGCCGGACGCGGCGCAAAAAACCACGCCUACGAGACGAUGA